CCCUGUACGUUUUAUGCCCCUAUAUACCGCACGCUUUUAAACCGAGGACCUCAACUCCCGAAAGAGAGCGCCCUGUCUCCUGUCACCGCCGGCGUUUGAAGUCAUACACCGUUCAGCCAUUGAGUCCGGGCCGGUUCUACAAGUCCUAAGAACUCGGCAGCCCAUCUAUACUACUCGCCGUGAGCCUGUGUAGGUAAUAUAUGCGCACAGAUACUGCUCCCGUCUUCACAGUGUAGGCUUCCAGCAGAUAACAUACAGCUUCAGCCUGUUUUGGCAUCCUGAUUCUAUACCCUGCUUUCUCCGUAUAGAGAUCUAGAGGUGUGAUCCGGCAGCUUAAUUCACAGCAGUAAUGACGACUCGGUCAGAGAGGGAAAAGGCCCAGAAGCAGAAUGAGCAGCACCAGGCCAUCCUGUCCAAGAUGUUACGGGAGGAGGACAACAAAUACUGUGCUGACUGCGAAGCCAAAGGUCCACGAUGGGCUUCCUGGAACUUAGGUGUUUUCAUUUGCAUCCGAUGUGCUGGAAUUCAUCGAAACCUUGGCGUUCAUAUAUCCAGAGUCAAAUCUGUCAACCUGGACCAAUGGACUCCAGAACAGAUGCAGUGCAUGCAGGACAUGGGAAAUACCAAGGCCAGAGUUCUGUAUGAAGGCAAUCUUCCAGAGAACUUCCGGAGACCUCAGACAGACCAAUCUGUGGAGUUCUUCAUCCGAGAUAAAUAUGAAAGGAAGAAAUAUUAUGACAAGAAUGCAUCCACAGCGAUCAACACGUCGGCCUCUGAUGCUGGGCAGCCCUCGGCAUCCUCUCCUUCUCUGCAAGCUGCUGCUGAGAAAAGCAAAUUGGAGAAAGAAAAGGAGAAAAAGAAGGAAGAUAAGAAGAAAGACAAAGAUAGUGAAAAAUCUGUUAAAGCUGUCGGUAGUGAAAAGGUGCUGAAAAAAGAGCCACAUUUAGAGGUGAAGGCCAGUCCAAAGAGAGCCCCAGAACUGACCAUAGACCUUUUAGGACUUGAUGCCCCUGCUGAAGUGCCUGUUGCUAACGGGAGCACAUCUAAUGCAGGAACCUUAAAUGAUGACCUGGACAUAUUUGGCCCAAUGAUCUCCAACCCUCUUCCAGCUUCUGCCGCACCUCCAGUGCAGGUCACUUCCACCAAUUCUGCUGCUACUACCGUAUCUUCAACUGGAGAUCUUGACCUAUUUACUGAUCAGACGACAAAAUCUGAAGAUACUCCGAAGAAGCCAUUGUCAAAAGACUCAAUAUUGUCACUUUAUGGUACUACAAAUAUGUCACAACAAAACCCUCCAGGAAUGUUCAUGGGUUCCUCUCCGAUGCCGUACUCCACCCAGCCAGCAGCAAAUUUCCAGACAUUCCCACCCAUGGGUGUACCCGUCAGUGGUGGGAUAAUGGGAAAUAUGAUGGGGCAACCCGUUCCAGGCAUGGGGCAGAACGCAGGCAUGAUGGUGGGCAUGGGAAUUCCCAAUGGCUUUGUAGGAAACCCACAAGCUGGCGUUAUGGGAAUGUCUCCUAAUAUGAUGGGGCAUCAAGCUGGAAUGGUAGGAAGCAUGGUAACACCGCCUAACAAAUUUGGCAUGCAGCAAAGCCAGCAAUCACCCUGGAAUCUUUCUCAGAUGAACCAGCAAAUGAGUGGGAUGAACCUGAAUGGAGCAAACAACAUGAUGGCUUUCGGUCAGCCGGCUAACACGGUGGGAGGAGGAUGGGCUGGAAACGCCACUGGUCAGACUCUAAGCACACAGCUGUGGAAAUGAAAGCGGCCGCCGAGAUCUUGUCAAGAGAAUCCAUUUCACAUUCCUUGCUUUGAUGCACAUGAUGCCCCUUUGUUUUAGCCAUGUACAUACUUUUAUGCUUUCUCUUCAGAUACUCUUAAAAAGGAAGUUUGUGGACGGGA